AUGCGGCGGGAUUCCUGCGUCGCCUGUCCGUGGCGGACGCCAAAGUUCUGCUGGAAAGGACAAGGUGCGAAGGAGAAGGAGAACAAGACCAAGGAGAUGCAGAAGAUGAUUGGUGUGCGAUACCGAGAUCUUAUCGAGUCGGCGGACAAGAUCGUGAACAUGCACUCGGCUGCGCUGCGUCUUGAAGUUUCGCUCAAGGAGAUGCCCGACAUGUGGAAGCACAUGGAGAUAUCUCUAGCGAGUGCGUUGGCCGUGCAGGACCAUCCUAUGACGUUCCUGGUGGGGGUUCCCGAACUGAUGUGGCAAUUGCUGGAUGAAGGAGAAUCAUUGCAAGCUCUGGAACUAUAUCAACGAGCGACCAGUAUUCAUUGUGAAUACGUCGCUAAGACUACAGAGAGCGAGUUUCCAUUCCUGCAGACCCAAUGGACGUGCAUUGAGUGUUUUCGGCCGAGGAUGGUGUCGUGUGCGAAGAGCUACUUGACUUGUCGAGGCAAGGAGAGUCGAUUUUAUGCUGACAAUUUAUGUACACUUGCUGUGCUGAACGACCCUGCUAUUGGAGCGCAAAAGCUGUUUGAGAUGUUUCUGGAGUCUCGCACCAAGUGGAUGACUCCACUUCACAAACGCGAUGAGAAAAACCAGGCGACGUACAAAUCUUCGUCGAAGAAGGAGCGCGCGCUCAUGAUUAUUUUGAAAUCGAUCAGCCUGACGAUGACGCAAACGGAGGAAAUCUUUGGGGAACACGGUUUGUUGAUAUCGAUUCCUCAGCUACCACCAAGCUUCAAGGACGGGUUGGAGCAGUUUAUCUCGUCGGGAAAGAUGCUAAAAAUGUUGAGCGAAUGGCUCGAGCGGAGACGUCGACAGAUACGUGACGUAGCUUCACCGAUUAUUUCCAGUAUUGACUCGAUCUCGCAACUAUCGCAAGUGCAAUCCAAACUGUUUGCUGUAAGCGAGAACAGUGCUGGCUGUCAGCAUGUGAAGUUGUGGGGUCAGGUUCUUAGCGAAGCACCUGAGAAGCGGCCAAAUGGGCCCAUUGAUUCCGUUUUUUCGGUACUUUACGCCGAAGCGUUUCGGAAGAGGACGCGUGACUUGGUACAGAACUCGUUCGUCGAAGCUCUCGAAGCGAUUAAAUCUCAGAUUCGAGUCAGUUUGGAAGACACGGCUGCUAGCAUUUCUCGAAGCGAUUUCAGGCUCAGAAAUGUGAAGUUCUACGACUACUUCGAAACGAUCCAGAAGAAGGCGGCCGAUCUGGAUGCCAGUGAUCUACAGAGUGUCCUGAUCGAAGAGUUUCUUCGCACGCUUUUUAAGCUGGUGAUAUUUUUCGAGCAGGAGUAUCCUCUCCCGAUGAACCAAAAGUCUGCUACUGUUAAUGGUGCAGUUCAACUACCAAGCGUUUUCUUAAGCAUCUCCAACAUUUUGGCGGGAAUUGUUGCUGGGUUUCAUCGUCAUAUGAACAAGUUAUUUCCUGGGAGCUCGACUGCUGUGUCAAUACCUGCGAAAGACCCCUCACUCUUGGUAGUUGGUCCAGUUUUUGAGAAGUAUUCUAGCAGUGGCUGUGUGAUGAAGGCGCAACUUACAGCCGCACUGGAGAAAAAGCUGACCUGUUUUAUUGAUGAAGAACUCGGACGGGUCAACGCUGUGGGGUUCUAUUCUCUCUACCUUGUGUCUGAGAUUAAACAAAAAGCGUCAUAUCCGCAGCUGUUCGUGAACGUCCUGCAUGGGUUGUCCAAUAAGUACUGCGAGGCAUGGGCUACCAUUCUUCUGGAGCAGAAGAUUGAACCGUUGCGCGAGCUGAUGCUUAUCGAGCAGUAUGAUUCGACCAACGAGAAAUGGAUCGCUACCCACGAAGGUUGGAUUGAGCAAGAAAUUUCUGAUGAAGCACUUGAUGGAGACACCGACGGUUCUUCCUCGGAAUCUGAGAUGGUUCUUGGAGAGGAAAAGGUCUGGCUGCCAUGGUGCGAAACGCCGACAGUGUCAAGCUUUCUCUUCUCUUGCUGCUACAGCCUGGACGAUGCGAACCGGUUGGCUCAGAGCUCCAUCGGGAUAACAAAUGAGCAGAUCCAGUUGAUGCAGCGCACUAUUCGUGAAGUUCUCGUGGAGCAGCUUACCAUCGUGAGUGUGGCCGUGUAUGAUACCGCAGUUUCUCUUCUGGUUGCUGCCAAGGCAACUCAACAUGAUUCAGUGUUGAACUUUGGCGAGUGCUGCAUCCAGCAGUUCCUCUUUGACAUGUACUUUGUUCGUGCGACGUUGGGCUUCUCCGACUUCAUUCGCUUUGGCUGGGGCGAUGAGUUGAACCCAGAAGAUUGCUCUCCGGGCUUACUCAAGCUGAAAAGCUUGUUCGAGCGCAUGCGGGAGUUCAUCGAUCCAGUGGACUGGGAGAUCUACGGACCUCAACUGAUUGAGAACGUGGUGCUUCAGUUCCGAAAGAGCCGGCUGCUCUUUUCAUCCCUCUCAGAAUCCAACGACAUCAACAAAAUCAAUGGAAAAGAAAUUGUGAUUGGCGCUCAAGAUACGAGGCCAUUAGCACGGAUUGCAGAUCCAGUUGCCAGAUUCUCGCUGCUUCCUGUUCCUUCGAGUCGUCGCAAGUUCCAGCGUACCGUGUCAUCGACGUCUCGUUCUAGUGAGAACGAUAUGGGAGAAGGACGAAGCAGAGCAAACAGCUCCUCUCUCUUCCAUGAGCGCACAGACGAUUCGUCCCAGUCGUCAGCCACGAAGCUGCAGAACUUGCUGUCAUCAUCGACAAGCUCCAAUCUCUUCUCUGCAGCGACUUCAGGCACGAAUCUGCUUUCUUCCGCUGCGAAAGGUAUGGGAUUUCUGUCGUCUGCCACGACCAACAAAUACUUUUGA